UCCAAAAAACUACAAGGAAAUGUUAUAAAACAAGUUUUAUGCUUGCAAGACGUAGGUGAUGCUAUUUCUGUGGAAUCCAAUAUGAAUGAAGGUCUAUAAUAAUAAAAAAAAAUAGUAGUGUAUUUAAAAAUGCUUAGUGUGUGAUGUGUUCGUAUAUUAAAGUGUAUUUGUGAUAGUAUUGGUUUAAAUAGAGUGCCUAAUAUGAUGAAUUAAACAACGAUAAUAUGAUAAUAUGAAAAAGUGGUUUGCUAAAGUAAUGUUUGAUUAAAUUAUUUGUAGAAUUUCCAACCCGAGGUAUUUUUUAGUAAAAAAGGAAAUUAGGUAUUAAGAGUUAUAACAACAUAGCAAUCAUUAAGUUCUAAGCUAAGUUAAUUAUAUUAUUACUAUAGUAUUGACAUACACCUACAUACUCGAUAAGAGAUAAGUAUUAUAAACUUCUAAAGAACUGAAAGGUUAUCAAAAUUUACCAGUGCAUGGAAUAAUAAUAUUUAUAAGCAUUCCAUUAUAGUGUGAUUACUAGCUAGCUUAACUCGACCGCUUUUUCCUUUGAGUUAGCUUUUUGAAAUGGCAAAAAUCGUACAAAUCCUGUUAAUAUGUUUGGCAUUACCAUACAAAGUACAAAAUACGCAAUCACAUAGUGUGCCAAGUUAUGGACACGAUUUUUGUAAAGGAAACGAAGAAAUUCACUCCAUCUACAGCCACUAUUCAAGUAUGGGAUAUACAGUUAUUGUAAAUAAAACGAUGACAGCUUUUACUGACAUAAAAGUAAAAUUAGAUUCUGGAUCCACAAUACUUCUGGAAGACGAAUCAAGAUUCUCCGCUGAAACGGAUACCAUCAAUAAUAUUUUUAGUAUCAUUAUUACCAAAGAUGUUGAAAAAUUUUCAUUUACGGUAAAAGGUCGAUAUGCGCCAAAUCAUCCCCCUUAUAUUAUAAGUUUAAAAAUUAAUGGCGUGGAAAAUUGCAAGGAACCUGACCGGACGUAUUUUCAACACAAUGAUUUAGGAUAUGCAAAACUGUUUGAUAAAGCACCAGAUAAAUUUUGCGGAAGGCGAAGAAUCAAUAGACGAUACACAGAACUAAUCGUUAGUGGAUCUGCAACACAAGCUGGGGAUUGGCCUUGGCAUGCUGCUAUAAUGAGACUUAAUAAAUCUACUCUAAAAUACAUAUGUGGAGGAACACUUAUUUCCAAAUACGUUGUUUUAACUGCAGCCCACUGCGCAGCCAUAAAUGGUGUACCUGUGAAUCCAGAAAUUAUGCAAGUAGUAUUGGGAAAACAUUCUUUACUCGCAAAAGAUGUAGCACUUCAAGAAAAAGAUAUCUUCAAAGUGAUAGUUCAUGAUGAAUUCAAGUACAAAACCCUCGCAAAUGAUAUUGCUUUAUUAAAAUUUACCACUGAAGCUAUUUUCAAUAACUACGUUCAACCGGCGUGUUUGUGGUUUAACGGAAUUUACGAUCAUCUUGGCUCCUAUGAAGUUAAUGGAACAGUAGUUGGGUGGGGUUUUGAUAGUACAGAUACUCUUUCUUUAAGUCUAAAAUCGGCUGAUAUGCCACAACAUGCAGAUUAUACGUGUAUCCAAUUUGAUCCCAUUUUCUAUACCAAUUUAUUAAAUGGCAAAAAAUUCUGUGGUGGAAACCGAAACGGAACAGCAGCGUGUAAUGGUGAUAGUGGCGGUGGAUUUAUGGUAUUUGUACAAGAUGACUUAAGUACACAAUACUAUAACAAAGACUACAUCGAUGGUGCAUGGUAUGUUAAAGGCAUAGUGUCAGUCAGCUUAGCAAGAUAUGAUGCGUCCAUCUGUGAUCCAAACGCUUAUACAGUGUUUACUGAUGUCGCAGUAUACAGGGACUGGGUAUUGGAUCAUAUGAACUAAGAUAAAUUGUUUCAAAUUCUGUUGUACAUUAUAAACAAACUAAUUAAAAGUU